AAAUGGCCUGAAUUCGCAGUUCGGCUUGAGUUGGGUUGGCCAUGGCCGCUGCCUCUUCUAAAAACUCUUGUGACGAAACAAAGUAUCUGGAAAUGGGUUUUCUCUGUUGCAGGGAUCAUGAGUACUCUGGUCAUCUAUGGCGUCUUACAAGCAAGUAAAAAAUCCUUGGAUCCUGCAGCUCCAAUGUACAAAUACUUUGCCAUUUCAAUAUCAAACUUUCUAACAACAACAUGUCAAUAUGAGACACUCAAGUAUGUGAGUUUCCCAGUUCAGACACUAGCGAAGUGUGCAAAGAUGAUACCUGUGAUGGUCUGGAGCGCAUGUAUCAUGCGGCAGGGAUACGGAGGACAAGACUAUCUAUUGGCUGUGCUAGUGACAAUUGGGUGCUCUUUAUUCAUUCUAUAUCCAGCAGCAGGUGACAUCAGCCAGUACAGUAACGGGAGAGAAAGCACCGUUUGGGGCAUUUCUCUAAUGGUUGGUUAUCUUGGGUUUGAUGGCUUCACAAGCACAUUUCAGGACAAGUUAUUUAAGGGAUACAAUAUGGAGAUCUACAAUCAAAUAUUCUACACAACCAUGUGCUCAUGUGUUAUUAGCUUGAAUGGUCUUAUAUUUCAAGGACAUCUUCUUCAAGCUAUAGAUUUCGUAUUCCACCACCAAGAUUGCUUCUUUGAUAUUGUGUUUCUCUCUACUGUGGCAACAAUCAGUCAGUUCUUCAUUUCCUACACAAUUCGGAUACUUGGGGCGCUAACUUUUGCCACCAUAAUGACAACAAGACAGUUGGUGAGCAUCCUCCUGUCAUGCAUGUGGUUCGGGCACCCACUAAGUGGGAAGCAAUGGACUGGAGCAGUUAUCAUGUUUGGCUCUCUUUAUGCAAAAAGUUAUAUGAGAAAUUGGACCGAAAAGCCUGCACGAGUGGUAGACCCCAUGCAACAAGAGGACAUGGAGAUGUGAAUCGAAAAGUAAGAGAUCAGGAAGAUUAAAUGCCAUUCUUAUCGGUUAAGAGAUAAUUUUUUGGAAUGACAGAGGAAGAGUAUGAAUGUAAAUGUCGCUCAAGAUUAAUAAAGGAACCAGAAAUUUCAAUUCAAAAAAGUUGGGCCCCUUGGCUCUAAUCGCCACCCUAUUUUAAAGUGUGGGUGAGCCAACUUUGCAGCAUGAAUCCAUAUUCUUUUUAUUCCCCAUUCAAUUUCUAGCUAUCAAAAAGCCAAUUUUGUUC